GGAAAUCUAAAAAAACUAUAGUGUCUAAUAACAAUAAAGAAAGAGAUGACUUAUCUCUAAAUGACAUAAUUAUGACGAAGCAUGGCAUUCCCGAGAACGCUUUCACUGAUGAAUGAGCUGAUGAGAUGAAGGGCGUGAGAGGUAAUAAAUAGAGAGGGGAGCGGACAGAGCAGCAUCCGUCUGACAGACAGACCGCCUCACCCUCCAUCAGCAGACACAACACUGUAGCGAUGAUGUUCCAGGGGCUGAUGUUGCUCUUUCCCGCGGCGCUGCUGUCAGUCGCCGCCUCGCAGCUGAUGACCUUCAACGUAACGGACCCGACGACCGGGACCCCGGUGCAGUGCGACCGCUGCCCCCCGGGAACCUUCCUGCUGGCGCGCUGCACGUCUACGCAACGCAGCCGGUGCGCUCCGUGUCCUGCGGGCUCGUUCACGGAGCUGUGGAACCACAUCAGCAAGUGCCUCCGCUGCGGGGUGUGCAGCCAGGACCAGGUGGUGAAGACGGCGUGCACGGCGAACAGCGACUGCCAGUGCCAGUGUAAACAGGGGUAUUACUACAUGGAGGACCGGGAGGAGUGCCAGCCCCACAGCCGCUGUCCGACCGGGCAGGGAGUUCAGACCCGAGGUACGGCUGAUGAGGACACGGUGUGCCAAAUCUGUUCCAACGGCACCUUCUCCGACACCGUCUCUGCUCACCAGAACUGCACGAAGCACCAACACUGCCACGCUGCAGGGAUGUACCUGGCGGUGAGGGGCUCCACCUGGCACGACAACGUGUGCACGACCUGCGAAGAUCACAAAUCAAGAGAUGGAGCCGAAUACCUCAGAGAAAUCCUCCCCACUUUCUUCGUCCAUCACAAAAUUCCCGUCAGGCGGCUGCGACGAAUUGUGCAAAAGCUCCCGUCUAAGGACGGCAGUAGACACGCAGGAACUUCAGGACUGAGCACCUCUGCUUUAAAUGAACAGCUCAAUGCUUGGGUCGCUUCAGCAGCAGCGGAGCAAAUUCGACAACUUCCAGAUAUAUUGACCAAAGCAGGAAUGAACAGCAUCGGUGAGAGACUACACCACAAGCUGCAGAGAAUCGACUCUAAUCUAGCUGAGCUGUGUGCUUCAAGGAACGAGGUGCAUGCAGUUUUCAUGGCGGAGUAGGUUUCAGUAGGAAAUAUCUUGUUCUAGGUACCAAAGAGUUUGACCAGUUCAGUGAUAAUUUAAAAUAAUGCUGCCCUAUUGAAGAUGCACUGACAAUACAGGCUUUUGUACUUUUUGCAUUUGUUAAAGAAAAUUACCAGUCAAUUAGAGGAAUAGUUAAUUUACUUAUAUCUGCAUCUAGCUAAUUACAAUUCCAUCCUUUUUUAGUGAGCUUUAGUUUUUGCUGGGUUUUCUUCUAAAAUGGACCAAACAAUUCAAACUUGAUUUGUGUCACCUAGCUUGAAAUGACCAGUCCUGUGUAACCAAAAACAAAAAAAUUAAUACAUGUUAUAAUAAAGUAUGCAAGGCAAAAUGUUUUGGAGGACACUUCAUUUCAGGUCAGGUGAUUGACAGGAGUAAUACAAUGCGAUGUAAAAUAAUGCAGAUCUAAUAACGAGAAAAACUAAAGAGAAGUCUGUUCACUGCAAAAAUAUCUGUGUUUUUUGUUCUUGAGUGUACCCACCUCAGAGAUGUACUGAUUGAAGUACAUUUAUGAAAUUAUAGGUGCACUUUUUGGUAUCUAAUUGUACUCUUUGCUGUCCAAUUGGCUGCAUGGGUACGCAAAACUCAAAUUCAGAUAUUUUAUUUCUGGGAGUGAAAACAGAGAGAGAACCAGAACAAUUGGCACUUAAACUUAAAAAAAACAAAAACAAAAAAAAAACACAGGUUUUAUAAAAUGUGUUUGCCUACAGUAUAUCUACCUCGUCCUAUGUCUGCAGCUAAACACCGAUGUGGCACUGGUCCUGCUAAUACCAAAACUUUGUGUUACAAACAUGUUAUGUGAGAUCUUUAAUUUAUUUAUUUAAGAACGAGGUAAGUUUUGUCCUAAAGAGGGUUAGAGCUCUUGUGUUUGCCAUCCAUUAUUUUUAUAUGUAAAGAAUGAAUAGAAUUGUAUGCAAGUGUAGCUGAAGCAUUUGUGGCUUCUUUGAAUGAAGCUUCAAUAAAAAUGAUCAGAAAUGUUAUAA